AACUGUAUACCUCCCAUUAUAAAUGACUUAAUUUCUACUUAACUGAAAAAAAUCAGUAACUGGAAUUAAAGAAUGGCGAUGAAGAGGAUUAAUAGGAACUUAGAACAAGAGGCUGGACUCAUCACUGAGACACAUUGAACAGAAAAAAAAAGAUAUGCUUCUGUGCUUCUGUAAAAAACCAAGAUAAACCUGGAAAGCACAAUGAGACCUCUUACAAAUAUCUAUGUCUUUGCUUGUGUCUUUACGUGCACGCUAUGGAAUAAUAUCCAGCCAACCGUGGAAAAUGAAUUUAUUGCAAAUUAUUCAAGCAAUUUGCUAACUAAUGUUCCAAAAAACAUUUCAGUCCAUACUCACGUAUUAGAUUUAUCACAUAAUAAGAUCUCUGGACUUAGUAUUUCAGAAUUUAUUUCUCUUCCUGACCUUCAAGUAUUAAAUCUUUCUCAUAAUCUAAUUACAGAGCUUGACUUUAGUAUCUUCACUUUUAAUGAAGAUUUAGGAUACUUAGAUUUAUCUCAUAAUAACAUUUUGAAAGUUUACUGUCAAACUCUUCCAUAUCUUAGACAUUUAGAUCUUUCUUUUAAUAAGUUUACUGCCUUGCCCAUCUGCCAGGAAUUCGGAAACAUGUUUCGUUUGGAGUACCUCGGGUUAAGUGCUGCGAUGAUACGAAGGUCAGACUUCAUGUAUAUCAUACAUUUGCAGCUGCACACUGUCAUCCUAACCUUAGAAGACUUUUCUCUGUAUGAGUCGCAGAGUCUGACAGCCUUGAAUACAAGGAACCUUGACAUUGUCUUUGCAGCAAACCAAAACUUCAUUUUUUCCCUACUGUACGAUGGCAUGAGCACUGCAGAAAACUUAAGAAUAGUUAACUUAAGAUAUACCUUGAGCUACAAAGAUUUCCCUGCUCCUCCUUUAACACUUCUGAAGAAAAUCAAGACAACAGCUCUAGUGCUUGACACUGUGGAUUUACAAUGGGCUAUCAUUUUGCAAAUUUUCCUGCUUAUUUGGUAUUCACCCGUGGAACAUCUGACUGUGAGAAAUUUGACUUUCCGGGGACCAGUGAGCGAGCUGCCUGAACAUGAACUUCUACUGUUCUUAGGCUCUCUGGAACAACUAAUCUCUUCGGGUGGCUCCAUGAAAACACUAACUUUGGAGCACGUUCGUAAUAGGGCUUAUUAUUUCAAUCAGGAGAUUCUAUACAGACAGUUUUCAGAGAUGAAUAUUGCCAGUUUAACAAUAUAUGAUGCAUAUAUGCCACACAUGCUUUGCCCCAAUAGAACAAGUUCCUUUCAGUCAUUGAAUUUUUCUCACAAUGCCCUGACAGAUGAAUUGUUCCAGAAUUGUCAUACUCUGACAGAUCUGAAAUUACUUAUUCUGCAGAGGAAUAAAUUUGAGAGCCUUCCCAAAGUAAGCUUCAUGACCAGCCAUAUGAAAUCACUGAAAUAUUUGGACGUGAGCGGCAACUUGCUGCGUCACGAUGCAGCUGACGUGCAAUGCCGGUGGGCUGAAUCUCUGACGGAGCUGGACCUGUCCUCGAAUCAGUUGAUGGAUGCCGUGUUUGAGUGCUUGCCAGUCAACAUCAAAAAACUCCACCUACAAAGCAAUCAGAUCACCAGGGUGCCCAAGGGGCUGGCAGAGCUGAAAUCCUUGGAGGAGCUGAACCUGGCACAGAACAGUCUGGCUGACCUGCCGGGGUGCGGUGGCUUUACGUCGCUGGAGGUCCUGAACGUAGAGAUGAAUUUGAUCCUCACCCCGUCUGCCGACUUCUUCCAGAGCUGCACGAGGGUCAGGGAGCUACAAGCCGGGCACAACCCGUUCAGGUGCUCCUGCGAACUGCAAGACUUUGUCCGCCUGGAGAGGCGGUCUGGGGGGAAGCUGGCUGGCUGGCCGGCGGCGUACGUGUGCGAGUACCCGGAAGACUUGAAGGGAACGCAGCUGAAGGACUUCCACCUGAGCGAACUGGCCUGCAACGCGACGCUCUUGCUUGUGACAGCUCUGCUGCUGACGCUGGCGCUCGUGGCCGUCGUGGCCUUUCUGUGCAUCUUCCUGGACGCGCCGUGGUACGUGCGGAUGACGUGGCAGUGGACGCAGACGAAGCGGAGGGCUCGGCAGAGCCGCCCCGAAGAGCAGGAGAGCGUUCUGCAGUUUCACGCGUUCAUUUCCUACAGCGAGCGCGACUCGUUGUGGGUGAAGAACGAGCUGAUCCCGAACCUGGAGAAGGGGGAGGGCUGUGUACAACUGUGCCAGCACGAGAGAAACUUCAUCCCUGGCAAGAGCAUUGUGGAGAACAUCAUUAACUGCAUUGAGAAGAGCUACAAGUCGAUCUUUGUGUUGUCUCCCAACUUUGUGCAGAGCGAGUGGUGUCACUAUGAGCUGUACUUUGCCCAUCACAAGUUGUUCAGUGAGAGUUCCAACAGCUUAAUCCUCAUUUUACUGGAGCCGAUCCCCCCGUAUGUUAUCCCUGCCAGGUAUCACAAGCUGAAGGCUCUCAUGGCAAAGCGAACCUACCUGGAGUGGCCGAAGGAGAGGAGCAAGCGUGCCCUUUUCUGGGCUAACCUGAGGGCAGCUAUUAGCAUUAACCUGCCAAUAUCCUUUGAAGCAAAUGAGGAGCAGAGUGAAGUUACUUCUACUAGUAGUAUAAGUCAGCAUGUGAAUAACUGACUUGACUGUCUUGCAUUAAAUUGUGCUAAUCAUUUUUUAUAGUUUUUUACAGUAUUCCUAGUUUGUAUCAAAAUACAGUUUUGAUAUAUUGAAAUUGCUAUUGUUUAUUAUAAUCAUGAAAGUAGUCAGAAAUCUUCUGUUGUUGCCCAUCAUCAACAAAGAGAAGCAGAGAGAAUUUUUCAUAGUGAUUGCAUUUAUUUUGGUAGACUUGGGUUGCAUUUAUUUUGGACUUUUCCCAUUGAAAGCCAUAUUUGAAAGUAACAAAAAUAGUAGUUGGUUCAAUGUCAUUGGGACUGUCAAGGCAUGUAUUUUAUCUUUCUUGUGACAUGGUUGUUGUGAGGUUUAGGUGGUUGGGAUCUGCUUUGUUGGGUUUAAUUAAUACGAAGAAGAAGAAAGCUCUUGUUUAAGUACCUUCCUUUACAUUGGUAUAGUAGAUGUCAAAGGUACAGUAUUGCUACACCUUCAACCUCUUUUCCUUUCCUGGAAGUCUUUCCUCUCAUCACAGACAGAGACUUCCCUGGGUAAGAGCUGAAAGCUGGAUCCAUUAAUCCCUGUUUUGUAUUCUUCUUCCUUUGCUGUACUAAACAUUUCUACUUGCCUAGAUUUACCUACCAAUUAAUAAUUUCAUAGAAUGUGCUAUUUAUUGCCCUCAAAAUAAUAGUUAGUGUCUGAACUUAUUACAUUUUUAUAGUACUACAAUAUUGCUGCUUUCUGCUAUGAUCAUAUCAAGCUAUAUAUGAUUGCUUGUUUUUCCUGUUUUCUAAAAUGGAGAAGCUUGAUGUUUGGAGGUGAAUCCCCUUAAUGUCUCCAGACUCUCAGUGAGCUCUCUUAACCUUGACCUUUUAAUGAGCAAGUGAAAGAGGAGUAAUUUUCAUUGGGAAAUAACUUCUCUGCUAAAAUCAAACUGAUUAAACUGAUGGUAUUUGUUGAUGGGAGACAUCUAAUCAUUUGCUGUGCUUGGAUUUAAUUUGACAAUCUAAUAAACCUCUCAGUUUAUUCUGUUAUUAAAUUUCCUGGUGUCAUUUCACUGGUGAUGAGGAGUUGUGUAAUUAUACUUACGGCUCAAUGGAAACGCAAAGCCCUCUGAUCACAGCUGUGAGCAGCACGUGAGGUGAGCAAGCCAGUGAGAGGAUGUGACCCUUCACACUCGCCGAGGCGGCUGACGGAGCACCUCCAGGCGUGAGUGGUGGCAGCUAGAUGAAGCAGGGGAUGGGAAGCUACGGGAGAGUGUCCCGGUGUCCAGCGGCGCUGAGACUCCACUGCGCACCCACCUACCAGCUCAGGUUAACUGGGCAUUGCGGUGGGAUGCUAGGUGCCUGGCUCUCAAUAUAGAGCUUUGGAAAGAAGGGCAGCAAAUCUCUGUUAAGUCUUAAUUACAGGUGAAGGGGAAGUUGGCUGCUGACUUCUGUGUUAACACAUAACUGAGACGUCCCUCUUCCCACAGCCAGGACCAAGCUUUCUUUGUGUACCUUGAAAAGGGCUGCUGAACCCUUAGUACUUCAGUGGGAGCUGGUGGAUGCGUCAUGCCUGAAAAGCAUGUUAUUUAUGAUGAGGGGAGAUGUUCAAAGACACAGACGAGCUUAGCGCUCUGUAGGAUGUCAGGUCAGGAAGGCUUUACCCUAUCCUGAGAGUCACUUGUGCUUCCCGGCAACCCAACCUGGCGGCCAGGGGCAUUGGGCACCAUGGGGCGCUGCCAAAAGUGCAUUGCAAACCUGCCAGCCAGCCAGUUAUAGCAGGCUGUGAGAUGCUUUCCACAGGAGCAGUGAUGUCAAGCCUGGGGGCUGCUGCCUGAAUGCGCCGCUGGAGCUGCAACAUUUCCUUCUUAACAGGUUUUUCCCAGCCCUAAAGCAUCCCUCUGGGUGCAGGUUCUUUACUUUCUUCAUAUCAUUGCUGUCUGCUCUUGGGCAAUUGCCCGGCUAAGCUUGAGCGGCUUCUUUAUUACAGCUACAGCCAGUUACAUCUGUCUCUAAUUUAAGGCUUGUGUGCUGUGCAGCUCUCAGGUACUUAAGUGCACAUUAAGCUGGUUAGGAGUUUUGUAGCCUUUACCUCUUCAGGGCUCUGCUGCGCUUUACGGUGGAGAAUGCUACCAGAAAAGCUGUACCCUUCCUUCCUGAAAGACUUCUCCCCCUCCCAAGAAUUACAGUCUAAGUACACGAUUAGCAUUCACGUUUAUUGGUAACGUUUUAGUGGGUACGUAUUCUAUCCUGUUUACUACACAAGAAAAGAGGAAGUAACAUUUCUCAAAUCAGGCUUUCCGGUCUCUGUAAAUGUAAUGCAUCAGCAAACUGGGUUUUAUGUCCUAAAUAAUGUACAGGGUCUGGGCUGCAGAAGAGUCCCUCACCUUUAAGACUUUUUUGAAACCUAAUUUAUAGGUAGGUGUGAAAGGAAUAGUCUCUCAAGUCUGUCAUGUAUGUUGUUUUAGGGUAUUAAACAUGUGUAACACCCUUUA